AUGUAAAAACAAUUUAUGAAGUGUCCAUAACUAGUAUAUAUUUAAUCAUAAAUCAAAGAAUAUUGUCAUAAUAAAGAGAGGAAAUAAUGAAAGAAUUUAAUUAUCAAAAUUUUGUAAAAUAGAUAUCCUAAUUGGAUUAGAUAUGAAGAUGAUAUAUACUAUUAUAUAUUUAAACAUGACUCAUAUAUCAAAUUAUUGGAGUAAUUUAUACAUCACUGAUCAUGUUAAUGAUGUAAAUAACUAUCUAUAUUAGUUAUAUAUUCAAUAUAAGUACAUAGAUUUUAAAACAAUUGGCUAAAGAAUUCAUAAUCAAUAUUAAGAUAAGACUAAUAAUAAGAUUAUGGGAUUUAUGAUCUAACUUAGUCAACAAUCAUAAUUUGAAUUAUCAAGAGUAUAAUAUUUAUGGUUCUAAUGA